AUUGCAAACCAGGUCGGUGUCUUUGCCAAACCAAAUCCCAAAUGGGGUCAUGAAAAGUCGGACAAUAAAUUGUUAAUUCAUCCUUUUCUCAAGGUGAGCAAUAAUGGAAUUUCCGCUCUCACGUGGCUCGCCAGGGGUGAGGUGUUUUUCCAAACAAACCUAGCAAAGCUUCAAGUCGUCCUUUGCUCUCAGUCAUUUCGACCAUCCUGAGAUUUUCUUUGUAAAAGAGUUGUUUAUAAUCCGUGCAUGGGGUGGUGUCCAGGGCUGCUGAUAAUCUCAAACGGCUGAUCCUCUAUUUAAAUAAGAAAAAUUACCAAGCUUGCAGGCACGUUCACAAGGAAGGGAGUCUACAGGCACAGAAAGCUACGUGUCACAGACUCUACCCUGGGAGUCAUUCUCUGCCUGCUGGAUUUGGAGGCUAACAAGAAAUUGGUCUUGAGUGAUGGGCAGGUGGCUUCCAAGUAAGGGUCAAAAGAAAAUAUUGAAAUGUUGGCUUAGAGCCGGGGCUCUCUGGGUCACUGAGAAGUUCAGCAUAUCCAGGAGACAUCUAGACUCUGGGUAUAAAAAUAAAAUCUUGAAGGGGGUAGAGAGAAAGGAGUGAAGCGGGCAAAAGUGUUUUUAUAACUCUCCUAGCAGCUUUGCCAACGCUAUGGUAUGAGCUCCCUCCAGGGGAGCCCGAGUCUCUAGGGCGGGUGAGGGACUUGCAGGUUCGAGUGUCUAAAAAUUCACUGGCCAAUGGAGAGCGAAGUCAGCGGGGGCGUCGUCCAAAUGCCUCCAAUGGGGAGCAUUUGGCUCUAGCUCUCUCUGCUCUUUCCCCAGUUCCUCAGGGAAAACAAGUGUUUUGGUUGCAAGUUGUUCGGUGGGUUCCCAGGCUGACGCCUCAGAUCUGUGCAGUCCAGAGCUAAUGGAAAUGACCAGAGUUGCAGUUAUUGGCGCAGGUGUGAUUGGACUCUCCACAGCUGUCUGCAUUUCUGAAUCCAUCCCACAAUGCUCCAUUGAUGUUAUUUCAGAUAAAUUUACACCUAACACAACUAGUGAUGUAGCAGCUGGAAUGCUUAUUCCUCAUGCUUACCCAGAUACACCAGUUUACCUGCAGAAGCAGUGGUUUCAAGAGACCUUUGACAGAUUGUUUGGGAUCACUAAUUCAUCAGAAGCUAUAGAUGCUGGCAUUCACCUGGUAUCUGGCUGGCAAAUAUAUAGAAGCAUCCCUCCCCAAGAGAGACCCUUCUGGGCUGAUAUUGUACUGGGAUUUCGAAGGAUGACUGAAUCGGAACUGAAGAAAUUUCCACAGCAUGUAUUUGGUCAAACCUUUACUACCAUGAAAUGUGAAGGCCUCUCUUAUCUGCAGUGGCUGGAGAAAAGGUUAAGAAAAAGUGGGGGCCAUAUCCACAUCAGGAAAGUAGAAGAUCUGUGGGAGCUUUAUGGUUCAUAUGAUAUUGUUGUCAAUUGCUCAGGCCUCGGAAGCAGAGAGUUAGUAGGUGACUUGGAGCUUUUUCCUGUGAGGGGCCAAGUACUUAAAGUUCAAGCUCCGUGGGUGAAGCAUUUUAUCCGAGAUGGGGAUGGACUGACCUAUAUUUACCCAGGAGCCUUCAACGUAACCCUAGGUGGAACAAGACAAAAAGAUGAUUGGAACUUGUCCCCUGAUCCACAAAAUAGCAGAGAGAUUCUUAACAGGUGUUGGGCUCUUGAGCCAUCUCUUCAAGGUGCUUGGGAUAUCAAAGAGAAGGUGGGCUUGCGGCCAUCACGGCCUGGAGUGCGACUACAGAAGGAGAUAUUAACACAGAAUGGACAUCAACUACCAGUGGUUCACAACUAUGGCCAUGGCGCUGGUGGCUUCUCUGUGCACUGGGGCACUGCUCUCCAGGCUGUUCAGCUUAUCAAAGAGUUAAUCACUACUUUGAGAAUCUCCACUUUCAAGGCAAAGCUGUAGAUGAUAUGAGCCUGCAUAUAGCAGUGAAUUUAUAUUGUGUGAUUGAAGCAAUAGGCUUCAAUAAAGAAGACGGCAUAGAGUAUGAAAAUUGAGAUCCCAGAGAUCUGAAUUUGAAUCUUGCCUCAGAGACUUACUUACAUGUGCUGGACAAGUCACUUAAUCCCUUUGCACUUCUGCUUCCUCAUCUAUAAAAUAAAAUUAAUAAUUAUAAUAACUUUACAAGAUUAUUGUGAGGAUUCAAUAAAGUAACACGUGUAAAGUAUAUUGCAUUGUUAGAUAUUAUAAUAAUAACAAUAAAAAUAACAAACUGAGAGGAUUAAGGUCACUAAAUGUUUUCAGUACUAUCAUGAUGGGUAUAGUAGGCAGAAUACCCAUUGAAGAAGAAUUUUUUGUAGACAAUGACAUUUCCAGAUAUUCUUGCCUGUAUAUUAUCUCAGAGCAUAUGACAAAAUAUGACAGAACCUCCUCAGUGCCAUUCGUAGAUAGCUAAAAAGUUCAGACUUCACAAUCUAUAUAGGAAAAAUCAAGUGAAUGAAUACCUAGUAUCUGCAUCAUAAGAAGCAGCCUUUUUAAUUAAUCAGUACACUUAUUUAGGUCUGGUACUACAAAAUGAACAAUGAGCUGGACACCUUAAUUGAAUGAGAGAAUGGUCUAGAUUGCAUUUAGGAGAUGGUAAUUUUUUUAAUGAUUUCAAUCACUCUGUUCUGUGCUCUUUGAUCUUUUUUAGCAAGAAUAUUCUCUUUGUUGCACUAUAUCAUUAUAGAAUACUUUAACUCCUAAAGAGUCAAAUUUACAAAUGCCCCAAAAGGCAAUAGAGAUGCAUGAAGGAAGUAUAAGUGGCUGUGACGUAUUACCAACAACGAUUUGCAUGAAAAAAGAGAUACAAAGGAUACCAACAUAGAAAUGCCUGGUUAGAAAAAGAGGAGUGAGAGGAAACGGAUGACCCAAACACUGGUAUCUACAGAAUGUUCAAUAAUCUAGAGGAGGUCAUCUAACAUGUUGGGUAAAAAUUAAAAUUGUACAAGUUGAAAAAGAUUGUGUCAUUUGAGGGUUCAUGCCCAUCUAUGACUUCAGAGAUCCAUUGAAAUAUUAUAGCUCCAAAGUCAGAAGGGACAUUAGAAGCCAUCUACCCCAACUCCUCAUUUUAGAGGGGGCGGGGCGGGAAAUGAGUCUCAGAGAAGUCAAGUUACUUUCCCAAAAUCACAGAAGUAGAAAGUGUCAAAACCAGAAUUUGCAGUCAAAUCCAAGUCUUGUCCAGGUCCCCUCAAGUUUAUCAAAUCCUACCUUGAACAUUUACUAGGUGUGUAAAUCUAGGCAGGUCACUGAAACUUUUGAGCCUUAGUUUCUUCAUCUGUAAAAUGGGAAUGAUAAUAGAUACUACUUCACAGAGUUGUUAAGAUAAAAUGA